AGUGAUUGCCGCGCGGCCGGCGAGAUAACACGUGCACGGGAACCAGCCAGAAACCGGUACGGCACAGCUUGAUUCGAGGAUGAGCCAAGUGGGCCACCGCACCGAACGGAGCGUGCUGAUUUGAGCGGUGAUAGACUUUUUGACGCGUCACAUCGCCUCGAUCGGUUCACAGAGGCGCGUGCCGCUGACGUUGGGCUGAACAAACGACAGAGGUGCUGUAGGUAAUCUGGGGUAGGAACUGGAUAGGCUGCCGUUUUUGUCGUCUUAGCAGGAGGUGAUUAGCCCCCGGCUGCCGUUGCCAAACAGAACCGUAGCCGCGCGCCAACGCGGAAGUUGUGACUUGUGCGCCGCGUGUCGUCGCCUCAGCGCCGGUUGUCGUCGCGUUCGCGGGCAGUGGCUUUGUGGGCGAUCGCUUUUCUCUCUGCGUCACGAUCGUGCCGUGACGUGACACAACGUGACGUGACGCUCGUGAGACUCGUGACGUGGCGGUGGAGAACUCUGGGUCAGAUUUUGCUGGUUUGCCGGCUGGUGAACCGCCAACUCGGCCAAAUUUGGUGCAGAGUGGGCUGGUAGCGGCCCACAUCAGGCCAACGGUCUGCCGCGUUUGAGCCAGUCAGUGCUGAGUGCUAACGAAAACCGACCGAAACGUUCGUCCACCGGCCCCGCCGCAUCGGACUUGGUGUACGGAACACAAUAGCAUCUGCCACUGCUGCACCGCUCACCGCACCAUGCGUAGCCGCCACAUCGCUCUUGUCCGCACUCGCCUCUAGCACACCGCUCGUCCGCUACCGCAGCCGCCAGCCCGCCGCCGCCGCCUCGCGGACAGCCGUCCGCCUGCCCUCCCAGCCGGUCGGGCGCCGGGCGGUGCGGUGCGCCGGCCAACCGGGCCGGAGUAGCGCGUGAGCCGCCGUCGGGUGAGGUCGUGUGAGAGCGCGCCGCGACUCGAGGCGGCCACGCCGCCGGUCGAAGCGGACCAUCGCCUGGCGAGGCGCCGCUGUGAUGCUGACCUCAGUGAACCUGACCGAGUCGUCAUCGAGACGCGAUCGCGCGACGCCUCCGACGCACACUAAGCGUCUCUCGAUGCCGGAGGAGCUGUGGAGGCGCUGGACGAGGCCCAUAGCGAGGCUGUCUGUGGUUUGGGAGUGCGUGAGUGCGGACAACCCUGUGUACGCAGAUGAUGAGUUUUACCCGCUGGUGAUUCCUCGGCAGACGUCGGGCAGCUGCGGACUGGAUGACCCUGCCACGAUGAGCAGCGGCCGGACUGGGUCCAGUCAGACUAGUCUGACCUCACAGUCUGACGCCGUCGGCACAGUGGGCUCGCCGGAGAAGGAGCGACCUACCUUGCGGGUACACCUGCCCUCCGGCUGUCAGGUGGUCAAAUACUCGGAGAAUACCGAUGUCAAGUAUGUGAUCGACCUUCUGGUGACCCACGACAGUCCCGGGCCGCGGGCCUACCAAUCUCUGUUUGCGCUGAGGAUGGUCAACACACGUUCCCGAGAGGUGGUCUGGCUACACCAGGACACCUCCAUGUUCGAGGUGAUGGAGCGCCUCGACAAUGACCCUGCCAGCUGGAGGUUUGAGUUGCGUGUGCGGUACCUCCCAGCAGAUCUGCACACACUCUGCGAAAAGGACAGGGACACCUUUCUCUUCUAUUUCGAGCAGGUGCGGGACGACUACCUAAGCCAGGAGCGAUGUUCCGUGGACCAGGAGACGGCUGUCCAGCUGGGCUGCCUCGACAUCCGGCGCUUCUUCCGCGACCUCCCACCGAACGCCCUCGACAAGAAGUCCAACAUCGAGUUCGUCGAGCAGGUGGUCGGCUGGACCAAGUUCCUUCCGCGCGCCGUCGUCGAGCGCACCAAGUCCAAGACACUGCGGAAGCAGGUGCAGCAGCAGUUCAAAAAGUGCUGCAACAUGCGUGAAGUGGAGUGCAUGUUCAAGUACCUGGACGUGCUGAAGGGCGUGGUGCGCUACGAUCAAGAGCGGUUCGUCUGUACACUCGGGUCCUGGUCGAUCCGAGUAAACCUGAUCAUCGGUCCGGACUCUGGCAUCUCGUACACCACCGACCAGCAGGAGUCGCCGACGCACCUGAGCAGUUUCGAUCAAAUCCAGAGCAUAGAAACACUACCGGCCGAGACGGGUGCCGACCCACGGCCUCCACGGCUUCAACUACGAGUGACGGGUCGCGCUGAGCCCCUGACGCUCGCCUGCGCGUCCACCAGACAGGCGGACAACAUGGCUGACCUGGUGGACGGCUACUGCAGGCUGGUCAACAACGCCUCCAGCAGCCUCUGGAACAGGCGCGACGGUCGUUGCGGCGUUAGUUCGCCGGCCGGCCGCCGCACCGGUCUGGCGCCACGGUCGCCUCUGUCGGACGACUACGCUGAGAUUGUGGAGGAUGAGGACGAUUACAGCACGCCUGCGAACCACGACCGGGAGCUGCCGCGGGAGAGCGUGCACCUCGAGAAAACGAUAGGCGAGGGUCAGUUUGGAGACGUGUACCUCGGUACAUACAGUCCCCCCGGCGGCGCGGCUCCCAUGCCAGUCGCAGUCAAAACGUGCAAAAUCGACCACGAUGGUUCGAUGGCUAACAAGUUCCUAGAAGAAGCCCACACGAUGCAGCAGUUUGACCACCCGCACAUCAUCCGUCUGGUGGGCACGUGCAGUACCUCGCCCGUGUGGAUUGUCAUGGAGCUGGCACGGCACGGCGAAAUGCGGGCUUACCUGCGUGAUAACCGCCACCGUCUGAGGCUCGACACACUGGUGUUGUAUGCGUACCAGCUCAGCCAGGCGCUGUCGUAUCUGGAGAGCAAGAAGUUUGUUCAUCGGGACAUCGCGGCGCGGAACGCCCUCGUCUACAGCCACCACAGCGUCAAGCUGGCCGACUUCGGUCUCAGCCGGUGGGUGGAGGACCGCAGCUACUACAAGGCCUCCAAGUGCAAGCUGCCCAUCAAGUGGAUGGCGCCAGAGUCUAUCAACUUCAGACGGUUCACCACCGCCAGCGACGUCUGGAUGUUCGGUGUGUGUAUGUGGGAGAUCCUCACACUGGGCGUUCAGAAGCCGUUCCAGGGGGUGCCCAACAGCGAGGUGGUGGGUAGGAUAGAGGCUGGAGAGCGGCUGCCGCUACCUGCCGACUGCCCGCCACACGUCUACACCCUGAUGCUCAGCUGUUGGUACUAUGAUCCGGCCAAGAGGCCCAGCUUCGCCCGGCUGCGACAGUCACUGCAUGAGUAUCUGCUGGAGGAGCGGCAGGCUCAGGAAGACUCGAUACAGCGAGAGAAUCGACGGGCGCAAGCCAACUCAUGGGGCUCCAAUGACUCUGACGAGCCGUCAGCGCCCUCCAAGCCGGCCAGGCCUCGUCUGGCAGUGGACCGGCGGCCGGCGCCACCCUCCCAGUCACCCCCCUCAUCACCCCAGACCUACAUCGUGGCCCAGUCGCCGGAGGCCCUCUCCAGGCUUCUGCGCGACUCGGGCGGCCGUCUGAACCCGGGCGGCUACAGCGCUCCAGCCUCGAAACCUCCCCUGCCUCCAGAGGACAUAGCCCGUCGUCAGGAUCAGGAGCUGUGCGACUCCAGGGAGCGGCUGGAGAGGCCAAACAGGCACGGCGAGCGGCCGCACGGAGAUGAACUGCGUCGCCGGAUGUCCGUGGGAACCUCCUCGGACCGCUCCGACUCCGACUGCGGAGACCCGUGUGGAGCACACAGAGGGGUCUCACCCGCUCUCUCCGGCGCGGACACCGGCUCAGACGGCUCCAGUAGUAAACCGUCGUCGGCACACAGCUCCACGGAGCGGCCAGUAGUCGCUAAGCGCGCGGAGCUGACUCCCACCGCGGACAUCGACCGUACCGGUGACCGGGUGUACGACUGUACCACCGAGGUAGUCCGAACGGUGAUGGCCCUGUCGCGCGGAGUACAGGCCGGCAGGGCCAACAGCUACCUAGACCUGGUCAAGGACGUGGGGUACGAGCUCAGGGAGCUGCUGGCUUCGGUGGAUGGAGAGGUGCCCUCGUUCCCGGCGUCAGCUCACAGAGAGAUCGAGAUGGCGCACAAGGUGCUGGGGAAGGAUAUGCAGGAGCUGGUGACGUCGCUGAAGCAGGCACAGCGCUACAGCACCACAACACUGGACGAGGAGUACAGAAAACAAAUGCUCCAGGCAGCUCACGUGCUGGCGAUGGACGCCAAAAACCUACUGGACGUCGUAGACGGAGUGCGCAUGCGCUGCAGACGGGGCGGGGCCGCGCCUGGCCGGCCCCCUCGACACGAAUUGGCUCCAGCGGGCAGCUGAGCGAGCGACGGUGGCGCCACCACCGCCGCCGCGCCGAUCCUCUAGUCAGCCGCGUCGCCGCCGGGCGGCGCUGGUGGCGCGGUGCCGAGAGUUGGGAAGGGGAGGGUGGGCUGGGUGGGGCCGAUUGCUGCCCAUUCCAUAGCGUCAUACGACGCCGGUGAUGUUUUGUGUUGUGCCGAAUGCGGCGCAGAUUGUCUUGUCAAUUCACACGUGUGUGCUGCCUCUCACCGUUGUAUGAAAAGUGUUACAAAUACAGAUCUUGUAAUUUU